AGCAAUAUUAAACCACGCUGGCCCAGUUUAACUUCAAGUUGGUUUGAAUGGGGCCAGCGAGGCCUGUUUAAUCAUUCUCCCACACAGUCAACUCCUUAUUAAAAAGCCUGCGUAAUGACGAUGACAACGGUGCUAUUUGCCGUCGUCUUUCUUAUAUUUCUAUGGAAAUUUCAAUAACUCUCAAAGAGCAUCCUGGGAAGUAACGAGCCAUCUUGGCAGAAAAAAAAAGGCAAACUUAAUUUGACCGAGCUGCAUUGGUUAAUUUUGUCCUCAACCACUCUUGGACAAUCAGGUGAACGUGGGGUAAAAAGAAACGGAUCGAAGAACGUAGCAACGUAACGUGGGAGGAAAACCAAGAAUCAAAGAGCGAAGGAGUCAGUGAAUAGCAGCAUGUGCUUAACAAGAUUGACAAACGACUUUCUCAAUAUGAUCCUCAUCAUUUUCAAAUCAAUAUUAAUAGUUUCUAUCAUGCCGGAAGUCCGUGAGGCUGAAUAUUCAGUGGAUUUCCAUCACUGCAUGCAGCUAAGACGAAGACUUUUCGCUUCACAAAAUGAAAGGGAAAAAUAUAAGAUACCUCGUUGUAAGCAAGUAAUGUAAGAUUAUUUGGUGGCAAUGCUUUUCAAAAUCGGUAAUGGUAGUUAAUAUAAUCUUUAGCGAAAUCAGAAAAAUCGAUGAAGACGUCACAUCAAAAAGUAUGCAUUAACUUCAGAAUUUUAUCGGAAAUGAGAUAUAAAAGUCAUAAGGCAUACCAUUUCCUGAUCAUUUUUCAAACCUACCACUAGCAAAGAAAAAGAUGAUCGAUAAACGUCAAUAACGUACUUGAGCCACUCAAGAACGGAAAGAGAGCAGCUGCGUUCAUAUGCUAAUCUAUUUACGACUUUGCAGAAUACCGUCGUGUCUUGCUAGAGAACAGAAGCGUGCUAUACUGAUCAAAAAUUCUUCUUGGUAAAGGACUUCAACCACGAACAGAAUCCUUAUAACUUCUCUUCAUUGCCUGAAUUUCCUUUGGAUGAUCUUGCAUAAUUGUCACAGUGAUGAAAUAUUAAUAUUGACGUAGUAUACAAUUCAAAAGCAACUCCAACUCAGUAAGCAAAAGACAGAACUAGCGAACUUGUGGUAAGGUUUUUUCCUGAACCGUUCCUCUUUAAACUAUCCUAUGGCAUUUAACAACACGGUACCUUUUGACAACAGUUCAAUUUCUUUGUCCGAUCACGAUGUGGCUUUCGCAGUCUUGUACUCCCUGAUCAUUGCCAUCGGCAUGCCCGCUAACUGUGUUAUAAUCACCAUUGUUCGAAAGACACCUUCAAUGCACACCACAACAAACUAUCUCCUGCUAAAUUUGGCCAUCGCCGAUCUACUGACUUUGAUUCUAUGCCCUGGUAGCUACGACUAUCUUCUUACCAAAGUGCAUUUUGAUAAAACAAUUGGAGAUUUUGUCUGUAAAGUCUUCGCGGGAAAUGCAUUUGUUCCGAUGACGAUGAACGCUGCCGCCUUGACAGUUAGCACAAUAGCUGUGGAAAGAUACUUGGCGCUUGUCAGACCCUUCGAAAUUGGUUUAAGACUAACUAAAAACCGACUUCCUUACGUGGUUGCCUUAUUGUGGAUACUGUCCGUCUCAUCCUGCGUUCCUGACUUAUUAUCAAAUACUGUGGACUCAAAUCCUCACUCAGGCUAUCCGUGCAAACGACCUUGGAGAAUUGACGAAUAUUAUCAUCACGAAGGCUUUAUAACGUUUACUUCUAUUGUCUUUGGAAUUUUUCCAACCAUCCUUGUAAUUUUCUGCUAUUUCGAACUUUUCCGUGGAUUUUUCAUCACGCAUACAAUAUGUGCAGCAGCUUUGCAAGGUUCGGGCAGUCAAGCGUUGGCAGAACGACGCUCAAAAAGGCAGCUCUUUAAGCUUAUUUUGUGGGUUAUGCUCCUAUUUUGCGUUUGCACUCUGCCAUUUUCUUUAUUCUUUAUAUAUCUAACCACUAUCGACAAAGAGACCGCAGCAAUUGACCGCCCUCGCCUGUUUUUAAUUCAUAAAACCGUUCGGUUUCUUCUGAUCGCCAAUUCAUUUUGCAACCCUCUGAUUUACGCGUUUCAAAGCUCAAACUAUCGACAGGGAUUCAAACGAAUUUUCUCUUGUAAACUGUUUCCCCAAAGAAAUGCAAGACAACACAAAGAUGACAACAUAGAUAAAUAAUGCCAACUUUGCCAAGGUCGAUUUUUUUUUAAACAGUUUUAAUGAAAAACAUCACCUAAAUGAAUGACAAAGAUGAAAGGUAGUUUUGAUCUUGACAGGUGCUCUUUAGAUAAAAACAGACAUCUGGAGGAAGAAGAGGAUUUCUGACCAUUGCAGUAACAUAUAGUGAAAAAGAAGUCUUUCGAUUUCGCUAUGUUUUUUUUUUUUUAAAGGCAUUUAAAUUUAGUUAAAUUUCGUCAUUUUGCCCCCGGCAUGACAUCGCCAAACCCAGGGUAGCACACUAGCUAGGA